GAGCGGGGUAUGAGGGUCAUUUGUUGCACUCGUUCAGUCCCAGCCUCGCCUGCUAUACAGACUGUCUCUUCCUCAUUGCUUUUCAUAAGUCCGGCACUCCAAGAUGGCUACUGGCAUCGAAGCAGCCAGUUUCGUUCUGGCCAUUUUGCCACUGCUGGUAAAUCAGCUUGAAGAUUACGUCCAGGGGUUCGAUAAAUUGGCACAGCUCGGAUCGAAAAGACACCAGAGAGAUAUGCAAACCAAACACAAUACCUUGAAAGCUGAAAUGGCGAUCCUUCUCAAUACAAUUCAAAUCGCCGUGGACGGAAUCACUCAGUAUGAAUUUGGCGAUUGGACCAGCAUUUCCGAUUCCCAGUUCUGGACAGACGACAAUAUACAGCAAAAACUUGAGCGGAAGCUCGGAAGUAGCUAUGAUCUAUUUAUAAGCUUAACAAAUGAGCUAAAGGACCAGCUAGAAAGGCUAUCCGCGAAGUUGGGCGUGGGUGUUGGCAGAACUGGCAGAGUAUGCAUCCGCAUUUUCUUCUUGAGUGGCCGUUACAAGGAUCUUUUCGAUCAGAUCGGGUCUAGUAACAGGCGUCUACAAACCUUGGUAGGGCAAUGCAAACAGAUUAGGGAGAUAAGCGCAAGAAGCGCCGUAUCCCAAGAAUCGCUAGCGCGACACCAAAAAGGGCGUCAAUUAGCAAGCAGCCUGCAUAAUGCGAUCAUGAACGGGGUUUACUGGCAAUGUGUUUGCAAGACUCAGCAUAGACUUUACUUUACGUUUGACUCCUUAAACACUCCAUGGACUCGUGACCCGUCCAGCAAGCCGAAUUCUGAUGCCAUUAAAUUUGAGAUGGAGAUCCUGACUUUGGAGAACCCUAAUCGCUGGCACGAAGUCGAGGCUAAACCAGAUAAUAAUAGUCUCCCGCAAGAACUGUGUCGUGAUAGCCAUGCUACGUCAAGCCAGCAAGGGCUAUCAACUGAUGGAAACAUACUCAACAUCAGCUUCCCCCAAGGAAUUUCAGGUACCGAACAAGGAACCGUCAUUGGAGCCCAAGACCUGCCGGCCGCAGUUCAGAUCACCAAUAUGUGCGUUUCACUGUCGGCCGUCGGUAUCAACGAGAGCAAUGAGAUGCUUCUUGGGUACGUGACAGACACAAAGCACAAACAUAAUAUAUACCAUCUGCGAAGCAAUGCAGAGAGCGUACGGAACCUAUAUUCCAAAUCUCUUGAAGAGUUAUUUGCGAUACUGUCCUCAUCUUCUGAUGUUGCUGUCCAAAAAAUCUUUACGGUUCAAGAUCGUUUGAAAAUCGCGGUAGAUCUUGCAUGUGCAGUUCUUCAGUUUCACGGGAGCUGGCUCAAAAGAGAGUGGCGAGCUCGAGACAUCAAGGUCUUCAAAGAUCCACGCGUCUCAGAACCUGAAGACGUACCGGUACCCGUACCCUAUAUUGAGUGGGACCUGAAUACCGAGCCCAGUCAGGUGCAGGCGAGCGAACCUUUCAUCCAUUUGGGGUUCGUACUGGUGGAGCUGUCUCAGUGUCAGACUCUGGAGGCGUUAAAGACAGGGGAAGAUCAUGAUGAAGUGCAGGUUGUGGCUAAUCGCAACACGGCACUCCGCCUUCUACCAUUUGUGGAGACGAAAAGCGGGCGAAGCUAUCGCCAAGUGACAGAACAAUGCUUGAAUUGGCCGAAUUGUACACUUGACAACGAUAAUAUCUCCAAGGCAGUUCGGUCAAUUAUUGCGCCUCUAGUGGGAUACUGGAGGAUACUCAAAGGGCCAGAGCAUCCACACUGA